GGGAACAUAGAGCGUUGUGUAUCAGUUUUCACCAAGUCAUAAGGAUUUAGCAGCAAUACAUACGACGCAGCGAAGAAGGUAAACUGCCGUAACAUUUCGUCUUUACUACUUUUCUGCGAUUUUUUUCAUUGGAUGCGUGGUGUACUUGGCAUGGCCAUUGAUGUUUUCAAAGCCCCUGACAUGAUGAAGGUUGUCAAGAAAGAAGAAAACGAGAACUAUGUGCCGAGGCGAAAGAAAAGGCGUACUGCAGCAGAUUUCAAUAUGUUCUGUACCUGGGUUUUAGCAUAUGAAGCUGAACAGCAGGAACUUGUAAGGAAAGGCAACAACAGUCCACAUGACAGUGCUGGCAGUAGUACUGGAAGCUUUAGUUCAGAUUUAUUGGACAGUAGCUCAUUAAGCACAAGUAGUAGUAGUUCAAAUUUAAGUAAUGAAGACCAGGAAGAAGAAGGUAUUAUGAAUGAACAUGAUGAUGAAGCUGAAGAUUCAUUUGAUUUAGUUACAUGUUAUUGUAGCAAGCCAUUUGCUGGUAGACCCAUGAUUGAAUGCAAUGAAUGCAAUACGUGGAUUCACCUGUCAUGUGCUAAAAUCCGCAAGUCCAACAUUCCAGAUACGUUUGUUUGUCAGCAGUGUCGAGAUGCCAAGCACACGAUAAGGCGGUCAGGGAGAGUUAGAGGUCCCAAGAAAAGAUUUAUUGAAUGA